UGUAUUCUAUAUUCAUCAUGUGUAUGUUUUGGUACAAUAGGAAGGCAAUUAAUGAUAGUACCAGAGGAAUGGUAUAAUAAGAUUGACCAAAAUAAGAAUUACGAAAUUGAUGCAGCUUCCAAACCAAGCAAACAAGCAACUUCUGGCCAAAUAAUAAUUCCACAGCAAACAGCAAGCAAGUGA